AUGGCUCAAGUCGGAGUCGCAAACCUGUCGAGCAAUUGGAAGAGACUACAGCAGACACUCAAGCCGAAACCCAAGUCCGAUGAUACGAGUCCGGGCGUGAAACGCAAGAGAACGACCGAAUCGCAAGACGAAAAGUUCAAGAAGUUUCAGGGUUCCUCGAAUGGAACAAAGAGACCUAGGACUGAGCUGAGCAAGCCGUCUUUUGCUCAGAGGAAACCCAAGAUGGGUGUGUCUUCAUCAAAGUCAUCCGCCUCAACACCGAGAAGCGCAUCGAAUGCCGAACCUCCCACUACCACUGAAGAUGUUGUUUCCACUCGUACCUCUACCGACUCUCUGGUCAACCAAGGCCUCCAUCCUACCCACAAGCCCGGUAAAUUCCUAGCCAUUGAUUGCGAAAUGGUCGGCACUGGUCCUCUCGACGACAAUGUUCUCGCGCGCGUAUCAAUUGUCAAUUUCCAUGGCGAACAGAUCUACGAUAGUUUUGUACAACCUGUACCAGGCGUCGAAGUCACAGAUUACCGUACCUUUGUCAGUGGUAUUCGACCCCAUCACCUGAAACCGGAUGUCGCUCGUCCAUUCUCGGAAGUACAGAAAGAGGUUGCCGCACUGUUGGAAGGGAAGAUCUUGAUCGGACACGCAGUCAAGAAUGAUUUGGACGUGCUGCUGCUCUCACACCCUAAAAGAGACAUUCGGGAUACAUCCAGACACUCUACAUUUCGCAAGAUGUCAAUGGGUAGGGCACCUGCUCUACGCAAGCUGGCCAAAGAGUUCCUUGGUAUGGAGAUCCAAGGUGGAGAGCACAGUUCCGUGGAGGAUGCAAGAGCAACCAUGAUGCUGUUCAAACUCGAGAAGGAGGCAUUCGAGAAGGAAGUCAAACAGAAGUAUGGAGCUGCCAUCAGAAGGGAGGAGAAGUUGAAGCAGCAAGCCGAAGAUAAGAAGGCUAGGAAGGAAGAACAGAAACUGGCAAAGCAGAACGCAGAAGGUUCUGACUCAGAUGAGGAUGAAGACGAGUCUGACAACGAAGACGAGGAAGAGCUGGAUGAUGAGGGCAACCAAAAGUCAAAGAAGAACAAGAAGCGCAAGAAGAGAACCAAGCGCGCUUAG